CUCAGCACCACAGCUCCUCUGGUUUGAGACCGGGCGGGUGUCUGUCUCUUUCUGUCUCAACCAUUUCCUCUCUUCACUCAGGACCCCUCUUUCUGCACAUCUCUUAUCAGUGACCUUAUCACCGCCUUGUUCAGCAGCCUUCCUCUGGAGGGUGCUGAAAAAGCCAGCAAGGGGAUUUUACCAGGAGGAUAAUGAACAAAAGUUUAGCUUACAUUUUACAGAAUUGAUCAUUUUUCUUCAAAAACAAAUAGAGUGGAGUACGGCUACUUCAGCUCAGGGUGCCCCCUUUGCUGUUUCGGUGAUAGAAGAUGAGGAGGCAUCGGUUGUUACCGCUGUGUGCCCUCCUGGGCAUCCUGUUUGCAGGACUCCUCCCUCGCCUUGAUGCUCAGGAUGCGCAAGAUUCAGCUGACCUAGUACUCUUAAUUGAUGGAUCAGAGAACGUUGGACCAGAAAACUUCCCCUUUGUGCGUGAUUUGGUUAUGAGAAUCAUUCAGCACCUUGAUGUGGGCAGGGACACUGUUCGGGUGGCCUUGGCCCUGUACAGCGCCAACCCAGAGAUAAAGUUCUAUCUAAAUAAUUAUGAGAGCAGAUCAUCAGUCCUGGAAGCUGUCAAGAGCCUGACAUACUCAGGUGGCGACGAAUCUAACCUGGGCGCUGGCUUGGAGGAAGUGGCUGAGAACCUUUUGAGCCAAUCAGCUGGGGGCAGGGCAGAGGAGGGUGUGCCCCAGAUGUUGGUGGUUAUCAGUGCUGGGCCAUCCACUGAUGAUACUGGUCUUGGCGACCGGGCCCUUAAAAGGGCUGGCGUUAUUACAUCAGCUGUGGCGAUUGGUGACAGUGCCACUGCAGAUCUGGAAGCAAUUGCUACAGAUAAAAGUUUUGUCCUGUCAGCACCUCAUUUCAGAGCAUUGGCAAGCGUGGGUGACCAGCUGCUCCCAUACAUUCUCGGGGUAGCCCAACGCACCAUUAUAGUUCAGACUGAGGUCACAGAAGCCUUGACUGCCGGAAAACGAGACGUGAUUUUCCUAAUCGACAAUACAAUGGGUGCAAAUGUCAUUGGUGCCGUCCGCGGAUUCAUCAAGCGGUUUGUCGACUCCGUACCAAUUGGUCCAGACGAAGUUCAAGUGGGUGCAGUCCAGUUCAGCAAUGUUCCUCAACUGGCGAUGGAUCUCAACACCUAUAGAACCAAGGAUGAAAUAGUUAGUGGUUUGACCCAUAUCACACAAAAACAAGGACAGAUAGUCAACGCUGGAGCAGCCUUGGACUUUGUGCGGUUAAAUAUGCUGCGACCUGAGAAGGGUAGUCGUAUUGAACAGGGCAUACCACAGAUUAUAAUGUUGAUGACUGGAAGAAAGUCCAGUGACAGUGUGGUAAAACCUGUUAGAGAGCUGCAGAAAAUGGGCGUAUUGACUCUCGCUGGAGGUUUCAAGGCUGCUGAUGAAGGAGAACUCAAGCAGAUUGCCUUUGCUGAGACUACUGCAUACAUGCUGAAGGACAUACGUGGACUGAGAUCGAAAAGUAAUGAAAUGAUUAAUACACUCUCAACACUAGCUGGGAUGAUGGUGACCGAAGUACCCACCGAGCCAGUGGUGGAGAUAACCACAGUGCAGACUCAAAAAGUAAUCCGAGACAUUGUCUUCCUUGUGGAUGGCUCAAACUACAUUGGCAGCAAUAACUUCCCAUAUGUGAGAGACUUCAUUAUCAACGUGGUCAACCAGCUCGAUAUACGUCCUGACAGGGUCCGGAUUGGACUCCUGCAGUUUGCUGAAAGUCCAAGAAUUGAAUUUUAUCUGAACAGCUUCAGCAACAGGCAAGAUGUUGUGGACAGAAUCUCUCAACUCAGGCUCACUGGAGGCUCAGUUUUGAACACAGGAGCUGCCAUGGAUUAUGCGCUUAAAAACAUGUUCCUGCCAUCAGCUGGAUCACGCAAGAGGCAGCGAGUCCAGCAGGUGUUGGUUCUGAUCACAGGUGGUCCAGCCCAGGAUGAGCUUAAAACUGUUGCUGAUAAUUUGGCUUUGGGAGGUAUUCUGACCUUCACCGUCAGUUCUGGGCAAGCAGAUGACAACCUACUGAAAUCAGUUGCCUUUGUUCCUGAUUUGGCUUACCAUGAAACAAGAUUCUCUGAACUACCGGCUAUUGCUGAAGUAAUCAUGCCAAAGUUAAUAACGGUGGUUGGUGAUACAGAAACGGUUGAAGGAGCUGAAAGGGAUGUUGCCUUCCUUAUUGAUGGCACAGAUAAUGUUCGAGCAGAUUUUAACUACAUCCGGGAUUUCAUCAUUAAAAUAAUUGAACCACUUGACAUUGGCAUUGACAAGGUACGAAUUUCAGUGGUUCAACACAGUGAGAGGCCAACUCCAAGUUUCUACCUCAACACUUAUCAAACCAAAGAUGAAGUGAUCAGAGCUGUCAACGGAAUGACACUGGCUGGUGGGCGUAGUCUAAACACAGGAUCUGCUCUAAGAUUCAUGAAGGACACCAUCUUGUCUGAAAGGCAUGGUAGCCGGGCUGCACAGGCUGUCCCUCAGUUUUUGAUCGUUUUGGCUGGAGGCAGGUCAAGGGACAGCGUGAAAGAAUCUGCUGGUGCACUGAAGACAGGAGGAGUCGUACCAUUCGGUGUUGGUGUCAAGGAUGCAGACCCAAAGCAGAUUGAGGCCAUUUCACACAACCCUUCCUUUGCUUUCAAUGUGAAGGAAUUCAGUGAGCUCAGCACCAUACCACAAAAGCUCAAUAACUAUGUGAGUCUUCCAAAGGAAGAGCUGACCCUAGUCCUACAGCAAGUACAAAGCAAUGCUGUAAAAAGAGAUAUUGUGUUCCUCCUGGAUGGCUCUGAUAACACAAGAGAUGGAUUCCCAGAGAUAAAACGUUUUGUUAAGAGCAUAGUGGAGAGCCUCUCUAUCAGUGAGAACCAAGACAGAGUGUCUGUGGUUCAGUUUGCUGAUAACCCUGAAGUCAACUUUGAUCUGUAUUCUCACAAGGCAAAGAAUGAAAUGAUAAAUGCCAUAGAUAAUUUGAGGCACAAAGGUGGGAGGCACCUUAAUAUUGGGAAAGCUCUCCAGUAUGUAAGGCACAGUGUCUUCACAUCCUCAACUGGCAGUAGAAGACUAGAAGGAGUGCCCCAGAUUCUAAUUCUUCUAAGUACUAAACCGUCCACUGAUAAUGUGAGAAGCUCAGCUUUUGCUCUUAAAGAACAUGACAUUGUGUCAGUGGGAGUUGGAGUGGGGGAAGCCAAACUUUCAGAGUUGGAAAUGAUUGCCUUCAAAUCUGGCUUCACAUACAAGGUUACAGAUUUCUCCCAGUUGCCCUCAAUCCAAGCACAACUUGUUUCUACAUUGAACAUAAACAAAGACACUGAAGAAACCAUGACUGGAAUCUCUGAUUUAGUAGGUAAGAAUUCAACAUUUGAAUACCUAAAAUAG